CAAAGCGGACAAGGCCGCAGCAGCAGCACCUCCUUGGAAAUCCUCCUGGACAGUGCAAAGGUGCCCCCCUCCGAUGACGAGAUAUGACGAGUCGCUUAUCUGUGGUGCCCCGAGGAUAGUAAACCUAACAUGGAGCCCCUGCCCAAAGGGCGGCGCCAUCAUCGCCGCCACCACCACCACCACGUCGACAGGGUCGUCAUCAAGUACGAGGCGAGCGAGGGCGAAGAGGAGGAGGAAGACGAAGAAGGGGGCAUGUACAAGCCCCUGGUGCCCAGGUACUCCCUGAGUGUGACGACCGGGGGUAUGGGCAGCAGGAACUUCGCCGCCUCCUCUUGGCACCGCCCGCAGUAUGGGGGGGCGUCCGCCGAAGGCAAGAUGGGCUUCGUCGUCGCGGGGCACGACGACGCCCCCCCAGCUUCGGCGGCCGCUUCUUCUGCGCCGCCGCCCCCGACGACGACGGGUGGUAGUAGUGACCACGGUGGUGCCCCUCGUGCCCAGGAUGAAAAUGCCGGUUACAUCCAGCACACCAUUCGAGAAAAUGAAAUUGUGAUGCACAUACAUCCAGGGGAGUCUGGGAUGCAGAUGCCAGAUGAGCCUAGUCAUGCUACUCUCACCAUACAAGCAACAGACCCAGAGACAAAAGCCAUCACAACUCGGAGAUUCCACUGCACCUACCAAGGCUGUGAACGCACCUACAGUACUCCCGGCAACCUGCGCACCCACUUGAAGACUCACAGAGGAGAAUACAAAUUCCGGUGUGAGACAACAGGGUGUGGGAAGGCUUUCUUGACAUCGUACUCUCUCAAGAUCCACCUCAGAGUCCAUGCCCAGCAUAGACCAUACACAUGUGCCAGCGAUGGAUGUCAAAAAUCCUUCACCACCUUGUAUAGGCUGCGUGCUCAUCAGCGCCUCCACAAUGGGGACACGUUCAACUGCAACCAGGAUGGUUGCGUUAGAAUAUUCACCACUCUCUCCGACCUGCGGAAACAUGUGCGCACUCACACCGGGGAAAAACCUUUCAAGUGUGAAGAGGAUGGGUGCGGGAAAUCCUUCACUGUAAGUCAUCAUCUCCGAACCCACAAGAGAGUGCACACAGGAGAGAAGCCUUACACGUGCGAUGAGCAAGACUGUCAGCGUUCCUUUACGACUAAUUAUUCUCGCAAGAAUCACAUGAGGGUUCACAAUCAGAGCCUUGAAGGUAAGCCCAAGAAACUCCAGCUGAAGGUGCAGAAGAAGAAGCCACGGAAGGAGGUUUUGCAAGUGGAUGAGCACAAGGCUCCUCUUCAGGUGCUGGAGGAUGGACGGCAGAAAACAAUAACUCAAGACAGAGAAGCAAUUGCAGCAGCAGAAGAAGAAGAUGCAAGUGGCCAACCCGUGACUGCUGCAGGGUCUGUUGGUGGUGCCCCUAAGAAAAGUGGGUGUUGUGGUGGUCAUCAGCAUCAACCUGCUACUCCAGCAGUUAAACAGAAAGCUUUUGCCAUCAUCCCAGUCGAAGGUAGAGCUACUGAAAAUCAUUCGAGUCUCACUCUCCAAGAUUUCCUGGAUUUAGAGGCCAUUAGGUGUGACCCCAAUAUGAAGGUUCCCAUUGUCAAGGCCACUGAUGACAUGACUGUUGGGCAUUUACUCAGAGAUUCACAGAACCUCACUGCACUUUCAUCAAGCACUGAAAAUGACAAGCGAGGUCUCCUGGAAAAGAUCACAGCGCAUGCUGAUAUCUGCAAGUGUAAUCCUUGCAACUGUGACCCUGCAAGAGGCAAUGAAUGCUCUUGCAAUGCUAUUGAUGAUGGAGCAUCUUCCGCUCGUCAGCUGUCGGGUGCUGUAGCAGCAACCCCAAAGAGGCAAACUUCUGAUAACUUUUCAGGGACGAUAACAAAACCGCCACGAGUAUCUGAAGUUCCAACUGAAGUUUACCCAGGACCGGGCACAGACUCACUCAGUGUGCCUUCAUUCUCAGGGCAAAUUCCAGAUACCAGUCUUUCUAACAACCCAUUUCAAAAGAAGUGUGAAGUAGGAAGCCUAGAGUGUCCUCAGCCAUUGAACCACCAAGAUCAGCAGAUUUCUGUCGAUGAGUUUUUGCAAGAGACUGUUGGCAUGGAUUCAUCUGCAUCUUCCCAAACAGUGACAUCAUCCCAAAGAUCAUCUCAGCACAAUUUAGAAACUUUACUUCCUGGCCCUUCUGGACAACAGAGCUCGUCGUCUUCCUUUACUGCGUUAUCCAAUUUGGAUGACAUGAGUAACUUAGCAUCUCCACCCAUGGCAGAUCUGAUAAGCUAUCCACUUACUCAUUCUAUCUUUGGUAAUGGAAAAUGUGGUGAGAAUGGAAUGAGCCAGCCUGUGAGUUUAGGCAGUGACAGCACUUCUAUUGACCAGGCAUUUGAUAUAACCUCAGAUUUUCCCUUCUCUUCACCUAAUAUGAUUGAAGCUUUGCUAACAGAUGAUAUGGGAAGUCUGCCUAACUUGUCUACUCAUACGCAGUCAAGUGGUAGCAACAUGUCAAGGGGAUUUACUCCUCAGGCAUCGCCAGUAGUUGCUGGACCUUCCUCCUUAACUCCAAUUGGUCCAAUGAUACAACAGCAACACCCUCAGCAAGUUCCUUCUGAAAAUCAGUUAGCAAUGAAAAGUGAUAUCCACACUGAGAAGAACAUGCCAUCAUCAUGUUCUUGCUGUAAUGGGAAAGGUAAACAACAAGGAGGCCAACAAGAAUAUUGUGGGCAAUUUAACAAAGUAAAAUCGUGCUGUAUGGGUUCUUCUUCUCAGACGUCGGAUUUUAACACGUCAUCGGGUAGUUCGUCAACAUCCACUUGCUGCAGACAGGGGAAGUCUGAAGCAAGGUCAUGGUGUGAGUCCACCCAAGACAUUGUAGCUUCUUUAGCUUGUCCAUCCAGCUUAAAGCCGAAGGGAUGUUGUUCAGAUGCCCAGUCACCAUCUUCAUUUCAUAGUGGCUGCUCCCCAAACUCAUCUGCAGCAGGAGCCAACCAUUCUUCUGAGGCCUCUCAUUGCUGUUCCUCAAACUCUCAGAAAAGUGUUCACCGCUCGUGCCAUAAUGUUUCGUUGCCCUCGAGUAGUGCGUCUCCGAAGUAUCCUUCGCUCGCAGAUCAGUCGUCUGCAUCUUCCCUCCACCAAGGAGGACAGGAGUUGUCAAAUUUAGACUUUCAAACACACCAGUCUCAUUUGAGCUCCUCAGACUCUCAUUUGAAGUACAACCACUCUCUAUCUGAUAAGGAUAGCACUCAGCAUCAUUCCUGUGAAGCUAAAAAAGCUCUUCAGGGUUCUGAGUCAGUUUUUCAGAGUCUGGGAUCUGAUGGGAAACACUACCAGCAUAAAACAGAUCACCCACAUUCCCACGAGUUUUCAGAGCCCAUUCAGCAUCAGCAUGCCGACCUGAGGCAACAGCCCCAGACCAAGGCAGAUUACCAUUGUCAUCAUCCGGGAACUGGGGCAGAAGAGCAACCGAUUGCUCACACUCACUGCAGUUCUGGUGACGGAAGGCAAAGUCACGGCUCAAGCUUAGAUUUAGUUUUGAAGAGGGAAGAUGAUUCUUGUUGUGUCGUCAUCUGUACGAACAAGCUGCAAAUGCUAAGAAAUGUUCUUGCAAAAUGUGAAUGUACAGAUCAGGAGGGUUCAUCUGGACCAGUCGACCUUCAGACUCUCCUCAAUGAUGCUCUGAUGGAGUGGGAGAGCUCCGAACCAACCCGAGGCACGUCGACACUAUCCUCUAGCUCUCAGAACUCGCCCAGUUCUACGUUCUCUAGGGUCACGCAGAGUCCUAACGGGACGACGUACAGUGCCGUGCCUCCCGUCCAGUCUAACUCGUCUUUUACUGUCAUGCAGAACUCAUCAAGUGUAGAGUCCCCCGACAAUUCUCUUCAGUGGUCGUGAUUGCUUUCUCUUCGCCAUGAACAUAUGUACAGAAUUUUUUCGUUUUCAAAGUUUUAUCAUUAUAUUUAAGAAAUCUUUUGUUUGACACGUAACGGAACGAAACGUAUUAUUCUCUUGAUAUUAAGUAGUCACUGCUGUUGUCUUUUGGGUUAUAUUAACCCUCUAUUUAUCCCGCAAGAAAUCUUUUUGCAGCGUCCCCUCAUGCUACUUGAAGGUGGGAUUUUAUAUUACGUAGCGUGAAGAUUUUUUUCAUGAUACGUGUGUGGCAAAAUUAUUAAUGGUAAUAAUGUUUUUGCUCAGAAUGGGGUUUUGAACAGUAUUCUUUUUCUAAUCAGUGAAAGAGAAAUUCUAAUGCUGUUAUUGGAAUUAUAAAUCAUUUUAUCAAUAGUUAAUGAAGUAGUAGUUAAAUAACUUCUCAUCAAAGUUAGAAAGGGUUGAAGCACUUAAUGGUCUCAUUCUUUCAGUCUCCACAAGCGACUGUGGCUAGAUUUGUAUUACAUCAAAAUAUUUGUAACCUUGGACAUUUGUUUAUUAGAAGAAUCUCAUUGAAACACAAUUUCCAUAUUGAAAGAAUUGCAGUAUAAGAGCCAUCAAGAGGAAGCUUCUGUGCUGAAAGUCGGGGUUGGGCAUUUUCUAAUUAUACCUGUAAAGUACAUGAUUAUUCACAGGUACACUCUGUGAUACCAGCUGUGACCCUUUACCUCGUAGUUCAUGAACCAACGAUUCAGAUUACAGAUUUUUUAGUAAAACAGCCUUCAUUUCAUUUCUUUGGUUUGUGUUCUUGAAUUGUGAACUGCGAGGAAUAGUGUCAUUACCAUUGUCACCCGGUGUACAGAAGAUAAAUAGUUGUUGACCCUUUUUCAAAGGUUAUAUGCUUGCAUAAGAAUGCAAGAUUGUUGUACAUAAGAAUGUCAUUUAUAGUUUUAUACCAAAGGAAUCGCUUAACUAUCCGCUUGAGCCCACGAAUGUGGUUUUCUUAUUGACUUGGCCCAUUUUGUUGAUGGUGCUUGUUGGUAAGUCUUGAUUACUUAGUGUGGUUAUAUAUGAAAUAUAUACGUAUGAAAAUAGAAAUUUAUAUAUAAUUAUGAAUAUAAUACACAUAAUAAGGUUAAGAAUUCAGGUAGCUUAGCAUUUUGUGUUUCCCAAACUGAUGUACUAUUUGAUUUGAUAUGUUUCAGUAUUUAUGAUUGUAUAUUUGAUCUGGCAGUCAGUUCAAAGAUGUGGAAAGGAACGAUGAAGUAGGUUUGAAAUCUCUAAUUUUUGGACUAGAUCCUGUCAGUCAGAUGUAAUGUAUCUGGUAGUCUAAUGAAAUUAAAAAGAUAUAAAUUAGAAAAUACAUUAGUGCAUUGCUUUAACAAGCUCUAGCGUGACGAAUUUAGCUGUACAAAAUAAGUACAGGCUGUUUCCAGGCUUGACUUCCCAGGUAAUGAUUAUAUAAAUAUGUCAAAUUCAGGUUUCUCAUUCAUGUUUGUGUAAUUGUGGAAGACGUAAUUUUAUUUGACAAAAUAUAUUUCCAACGUACUAUACAGUUUGUAAGCAACACUUUACCCAACCUUAUCCUGUUUUAGAGUAACUGAUAGCAGCCCACUGCAAGUGAUGAAUGCCUGGAACCACUCUUGAGAAUUUGUUAAAGCAAAGUUCUUUUGUGUAAAGAAUGUGAAUUAGAAAUUAUUGUUGUUUGCUUUGGAGUUUAUGAAAUGCCUUUUUAUAUUUAUCUCAAGAAGCUGUGUUUACAUAUAUGGCUACUAUUCACGUAUUUCCCUCUGAAUGAAUUGCAAAAAUGAUUAAGCGUCCUUGUUGUUUUUGGAUAAAUUAGAUGUCUGUAGUCUUGAUAUUUGUCAGAAAAGUUUGUAUGAGUUAUAGUACUAUAGUAUUUCACCCGAGUGCCCCAUUUAUUUUCCGUAAGCACGCCUUAUUUAGCAUUGCAUCCAACCCUAUAUAUAUUCCUGAGUGAUAGUUAUUGUUGAUGGUAACACUUCGUUGGUUCAAAAUCUGGAGGAGUUCACCAGAUAUUUUCAGAAAGUUUGAGAGAGCAAACGGACAAGUCAUUUGAUGCAGCCUUGAAUUAAUUGGGUCAGUAGUGGUGUGAAAGUUACCCGAUGUGCUAAAUCAAUGAGAAGGGAAAGUUAUAGGAUUUGAGAAAGAAGGAUCAAGUAGAAGAUGUCAAAGUUGUGGAAAGUGGGCAGAAGAGAAGGAGUAUAUGUAGUCUGCUGGGCAAUUUAGCGGGUGCAGGUUUUCACAAAUCAGUCGGUGAAAUGGUGGCCUGUUGGAUGUUUUGUGGCUAUUUUAGAGGAAGAAGAAUUCAAAUUUCAUAUUGGUCUCUCAAUUUUGUAACUUUGGAGACUACCGUUUUGUCUAUAUAAAUUCUGGCACAUUGUGAUGUAAAAAAAUUCCAUUGUACCUGGAAGUUGUGGUAGUGCUUUUUGGUUUGCCUUAGACCUUGCGUUUACAGGCAGUUCCUGGUUAACGGCGGAAGUUCCGUGCCUGGCCAAGUGCCACUAACUGAAAAUAUCCGAUAAUUAUGGUAAUAAAUGGUGUUUAUGACAUCGUAAGCGCCAAUAAACUGCUUAUCGGCGCCCACUUACCAACACCGAUAAACCGCUUACUGAUGCUGAAAAUUGCUUACCGUCACCAAAAAGCUGGUUAACAACAUCAUUAGCCAAGCGCCGUAAAACAAGAACACCAUUUACUGACACUGCCAAUAAGCAAGGACUCCCUGUACUACUAGUUUUGAGUUAAGCAUUACCACAAAAUUUCCUAAUCAUAACACCAAAAUCCAAUAAUUCUUGGGAAAUUAAACUCUUUUAUUUUAUCCAAUCCUUAGAUUUUUCAAGUUGUGCAGUUCAUUGAAUUAGAUCCAAAUUAUGUAAUAAGAAGAAACCAUGUGAAGUCGGUGGUCACAACUCGGUCGUCUGGUAAAACUAUCUUUACCACAGUACUAACAUGAUGAUAUCCGUAUGCUUCCAAUGUAUGAGACUGAUGAAGAGGCACUACAGCUGACCAAAGAUGGCUAUGUUCAAUUCUUCCAUCAUUAUUUCUAAGAUGAAAGCCACACUAUAAGCCGUUAAGUUUACUAUAUACGUAUAGAAUAGGGGUUGCAGUUUCUUGAGGACUUAAGGACUGUGCAAAAAUAUUUGAAUGGUGGACCAACCUGGAGUAAAUAACAUGAUUUCCAUCAUUUCUUUCAGUGCCAGGAGCUUCAUGAACUUUCUGUGGUAGCAUUAGGUGUGCUGUUUAAUUUCUGUUCAAAAGUAAGCUUGGAGCCAAAGAUAAUGAAACCACAGGUAUAGUGAAGCACUCCAUUCUCAUUUGAUUUUACCUAAAGUGAAUCAAGGAUUGGGCUAAUGCUCAAAAGCACUAUAUAAAAAAAAAGCCAUAAUUUUUGUCUGGUUGAGCAUCGUACCCCAUGACUACACCAAUAAAUCUGUUACAUACAUAUAUGUAUCAGAUUUUUUUGUUAGUUUAUUGGCACUUUUUUUAUUGCUGUUUACAGUACCAGCAUUAAUUAGGGCAUCACUUGCACAGUGUAUAAACAGUAUUCUGAAAGGGUAUUAUGUGAAUUCCUUUUUUUUUAUGCAUAAAUAUUAUCAAGGCACACACCAUCCUAUAUGGGCUAGUAUGUACCCUUCACUCAUUGACAAGUACAGGCAGUCCCCGGGUUACGACGGGGUUUUCGUUCUUGAGACACGUUGUAAGCCGAAAAUCAUCGUAAGCCGGAACAUCGUCAAAAAUCCUAUGAAAACUUUACUUUUAAUGCUCUGGGUGCAUUAAGAACCAUGAAAACUGCAUUCUUAUUGCAUUUUUCAUAAAAAAAUUCAAAUAUUGAUUAGUUUGCAUUUUUGGAGUCACAUUUCUUCUGCAAUCAGCAUUGUAAGCGCCGUAACCUUGGAACAUGCGUCAUAAACCUGGAAAUAAUUUCUGAUGAAUAUAAUUGAAAAGCGUUGUAGCCUGGGAAUGUUGUAAGCUGGGUACUGCCUGUAUAGGGGAAAGGAUAGGGCAAAUGUGCUUAAUCUGAGUGUUGUUCUUGGGAGAGAUUUGACAACUUUGAAUGGUUGUAGAGGUUAUAGUAUUAAGACAUAAGUUUUUGUAGCCUGCAUUUCUUUAUACGUACAUUGUUAUUUCUCGAUUGUAAUGUGUUGGAAUUUAUAUAAGUCUUAUUUAUUCAGGUGCAAUAAAUUAGUUAGGUUAAUAUUCAUGCAACAGUGCAUAAAAUACCACAUUCAUCAUAUUAGAGAAACAGUGUAAGUUCCCUGUACAAAUUGUUCAUUUAGAAGUUAAGAUUUGCACUAUAAUCCAUAAGCUUGAUUUCUCGGGUAUGCUGCAGUUGGAGACGAACAAUUGGACGAAACUGUGCCUACGUUACUCAGUAUCUGAGAGGUUUCAGGUUUCAACAUUUUACUGUAUGCUUUUAUUAGACAUUAACUCGUUUUUGACAAACUGUGAUUGGGGUAUAUGAAAUAAAUUGUUAGUAAAUCAUAAUUUGAGUGAAAGAAAAGUAAUUUACUGUAUGUAGUACCUAAUCAACAUACGGCAGUUAUGUAACUUUGUCGGUUAGCAAUAAAAUACAAACAAAAAUCAAUAAAAUAGUGCAAAAACAUAUAGAAACAAAAGUUAAAAUAUAUCAAAUAAUGUAUAAAAUCAUUUCAAGGCUUAAAAAUAAUGAAGAUAAUGUCUUACACGAUGUUCAGCUGUUAUGGUCCCAGCGUUUUGCUUUGGCUACGUGGCGGUGCUCGCUCUUGUCAGUGUAUUCAAAGUUGCGCUUAUUUACGUUACUUGGAACUUGUAACUUGAAUAUUUUUUGUCCCGUGGUUCUGAAGGAAGUGUCGUCUGUUACUGCUGGUGCUACUAAGCGUCCAGUAUAAGAUGGCUUUGAUAAAACACUUUCAUAAGGUGGAAAGAUUGCCACUAAAGUUCAUGCUUUUAUUUUGACUUGUUUAACGUUGUCAACGAUCAUUCAUGAAAAGAGGUACGUAAGGAACACAUUGACGAUCACUCAUCUGGUACAAGUAAAUCUUGUUCAGUGUUUCACUACAUUCUUUAUACUUUUGGCAGUUAGAAUGUAUACCUUUGAUAAAACGACAGUGAAAAUUUUGAAAUAUUGUAUGACUUAUUAAUGGACAUCAUGGGCUUGCCUUUAGGAGUUUUUGUGAAUAUCUGGGUCAUUUUUUCAAUAUUUCGUCAAAGUUAUUUUCUGAACUAAGUUGCAAGUCUUGUGAUGAAUUAAUGACAUAAAAAGAGGUAUUAAUGUAUUUGAAAAUAUUGGAAGGAUUUUUUGCAUUACAUUAAUCCAUAUUUUAGUCCUGUAAUAUGUAACCUUCUCAGUUCAUACAUUUGUUCAGUCAUUUUUAAUGCUUUUUGGCUUAACUGUACAGGAAUGGCUUGUUGCUUUGUAUACACCUCUUUGAACAUCACCUAUGUAUGAUCCAUUGAAAGGGUGAUGUCUUAACUUACUUUACUGAAAUUGCACGCCUAAGGAGUUUCAGCAAGAUGUAAAAGAGGAAUGCUUGGCAAUUCCUGUAGAGUCUGCAUGGGUAACUACUGUCAUUUUAGCUCUUUGCAGGUAUGUCUUAACAUUAUUUGAUUUUCUUGGCUGUAAUUUGUAAUACAAUUUCAUCCAAAGUUGAAAAAUAUACUGCAUAAGAAAAUAUGAACAAUAUCACAUUACAAGAUUAAGAAAUAUUUAACAUUUUGAAUUGGUUCAAGCAGUCGUGUAUACAUGUUCAACAUGCUACACGUUGCUUAUGUUAACCAGUGUUCAAAAUUUAUGAGUUUGACCUUAUAUAUGUUGAGUAUGUAUUCCUUCCAGAUAUGUUGUAUUGUGAUUGUAUAAUUUAUAUCUUUGUAACAGAUUCCACAAACGUUUAAAGUUAGAUAUGCAGAAUUAUUCAAAAUAGCAUGAGAAAUUUCUCAAUCCUUAAAAGUGGUCGGGACAACACUGUUAUUUUCUGAUCAGGCCAUAGGGCAUUUGUUGAAUACCAUGAGGAUAAGUUUUGUGUUGAGGUGGGCCAGAAAUUGUGAUAUCCUCAUGGUUUUUUAGUGGUAUAAGUAUUGGAGAGGACUUGAUUGAUGGUGAGUGUUGGAUUGGUGAAAAGAUUAAAUUUCAUCAGUAUUUGUAUCAUACAGCAAGCAUUUCAUUACUGCUAUUGUAUAUUUUCUGUUGUGGUAGACAUUAUUUUUAGUUUUAUCUAUGGUGAAUUUUAAUUCCCCAUUGUCUUGUAAAUUGCAAUGAGCAGUUUUGAAUUUAAAAAUACAGCAAAUUGAACUUUUAAAUGAGUAAUGAAAUUUGAAUGAAUGACUGAGAUAUAAUUUUUAUGGAAAUGCAGAGAUAUCUUUCUGAUCACUGAUUUAUGUUUGAUCGACUUUAACUUCCACAUAUGUUAUUGCUUACUUUGUUUUAUGCAUCAAGCCCUUCUUUUAGUAUUAUGAUAAGGGAAGGUCUUGGUUAGCCUAAUAUUGCUAUGAUUUUAAUCCUAGUGGCAUAUAUAGUAUACCAUUUAGCUUGAUUUGGUGGUGUUAUCCUUGGCAGUCGCCAUUUUCAGGUGCAGUUAUUGCAUUUUUGAGUUGAUGGUUUCUGAUUUUAACCGGAAUACAAGGAACUAUGUACAGUAAAUGCAAAGUACUAUAUAGUGCAGACCAACCAUUGAGUAAGAUUUCUGAGACUUCAUAGUCUUGGCUAAGGAUUUGUUUAUAAUGGAGGGAUGAAUAUUGGAAGAGGAAUAACAACUGAAAUAGAAAAAUUAGUUUGUAUGUUGUGGGUGAAAAUGUAAGAUGAAAAUUUUAAUUUGAAAAGGAGGAAUUUUUAAUAGAGCAAAUUUUGUAAAGGAUGAAAACUGCUGGAAGAAUUCCUUUUUGAAGGGGUGGAUGAAAGUUUGAAGAGGAAAAAUUGAAAGUUGCUCAAGUAAAUCAGAGAAAUAGCAAGGGAUGUCAAAGGAAUCCACAUACAGACUUGGGUAAAAAAAAAAAAAAAAAAAACGACAUGAGUAGCAAGUUGUUGUUGAAAGAUGUCCCUUUAUUUUGUAUUUCCUUUUGUGGCCAGCUGAUUUAUUAUGCUCACCCCCUUUUUAAUUGUAGAUACUUUUGUAAUGCUUAAUGAAUUAUUCUAAGCAUAAAGCUAAAACAUUUCAGUUAGAUUCUUUGGUGGAGUGUUAACCCCUUUUCAUCAUGCAUGGCACCCUGACUCAUCAUCCAAAAUGUAACCAGAGUCAUUUAUGUUUUUAGCCUCUUGUUUUAUUGAUUUGCUUUUUGUGAAUAUACCACAAUGAAGUACAAGUUUUUUUCCUUUUAAAGUGCCAACAAAACUUGUAUCAUAGCAUGAUAAAUACACAGCCAUUGUACAAAGGAAAAAUCGCUUAUGACAACUCUGGUUCAGGGACACACAUGACUUGCAAGAACCUAUUGAGUGAAACGGUUGACUGAAAUACUUCUAUUAGUUCACAGUGUCAAUCCUUUAAGAUCCUGUUCCUUUUGUUGUUGAAAAUUUAUCUUAUUUUGAAGUCCUUGUUUCAUAUUUUAUUAGUAAAGCACUCCAUUUAACAAUUGUAAUUGUGACUAUUGAAUGUGAUUAUAUUGUUGAUUACUUGGUAUAUUAAAGAAUCUACAUCUUAGUGACAACAAAAAUUCCACAUGGUGUGUCUGGUGGUGGCUUUAUUUUAUGGUACUGAACAGGAACUGUGUAUAGUAUGUACAGGGUUCUGGUGAUGUAUACAGAUUGAUCUUGACCUCUGUUGCGUGUGGGUUAAGAACUGCAAAAUUAUAUAGAAUACAAAAAAAAAAUUCAAGAGUACAAAAGAAGAACGUUACAAUGCAUCGAGUUCGGUUUGUAGGUCUUCUGGUCAGUCUUGGAUGUUGAGAAAGUCAACUCAGUGGUGUGGUUAACUAUUUAAUGAUACUGUAAUAGUAAGCUGUUAUAAAAAUGUUUGCAGGUGGCUUUUCAAUAUUAUAAUAUGCCCCACAUACAAACAUGCAAAGAUCAAAGCAAUAUUCUUUUUUGUCACUAGGAAUUCAUGCAUAUUCAUCCUUUUUUAAUAUCUGAGGUAUGUGUUAUUUAUUUUGCGUAGGUGCUUGUAAUAUGUCCAGAUAGAGGCACUACUUCAUAUAGAAAGAAGGAAAAGCCUGAAAAAAAAAGAGGAACAAAAAGGAAUUGAAUUGAGUAUCCCAUGGGUUAGGUCCCCCUUACUAGAGGACUGUCUCUUUGUGUCUUUGGCUUUGCUGGUUACGUCAAAUAACAUAGCCUCCAUCAUAUGUUACUAUAUUCUGAGUUUAGUAUUUUCUUGUUAUUGAUGAUGUAGCUUUUUUUUUUUUUUUUUUUUUUAUCAUUUUGAUGUCCUGUUCUGCACCUAAGCUGCCUUUUCCUUCAAAAUAUCUGCACACUACUGUGGAUGAAAAACAUUGAAAGGAGCAAGACCUGUGAUGGAAAUCAUGUGCAAUUGGAAAGUAGCUGUUUGUCCAUUUUCGUAAUAUGUUACGACAAAAUACAUAUUGCUAUUUU